CUGACGCUUCAAGUUCAAGCUCAAAGGAGGAGUCGAUGAUGCGUUUAAUGCGACAUAUGUAAUACAUAUGUUGUGUCCAUUGGGUAACCAUAGCAAUUCCGAAAGCCUCGACAUUCCACCGCUCGGCUUCCACCCCCGCAUCGGGUGAAAUCUUCGCCCCUGAAGGCGAAGGUAAUGCACACGUACACCCUCGCGGAAUAUGUGCGACUACGUAGAUAAGGGACAUUAACAGGGCGAUACGUGCAGUGCGAUAUAAGUAUUGUUCCUAUUGUCCUCUGUGGUCAGUAUAUCUCAUACUGCCGUCGCGAAAGAACGAUUCGAUCGAGAAACGAUUCGCUCUCUCAUACGAAUUCGUUCUCCAACAGUUCAAAAAGAAAAAAGAUAUAUAACAAACGCGCGCGCGUAAACUUCAUCAUUCAAUCUCGUUUCACUUCUCUUCGUCUCUAUUCCGAAAUCAUUAAUCUAACUAUCCGUCCUUCGGAAACGGACUUUCUGAAGAAAAAGGAAAAAGCAAAUGAAACAGUAAUAGUAAUUUUGAAAAAUAUUAUUAAAACUCUUGAGAUAUUAAAAGAUCAAAGUUGAAAGAAUGAAGGUGAAUGGCGGAUGACAAUGUGUAUAUAGUCGAUUAAUCCAAAUGUGAAUCCGAAAGGUAACAAAUACGUUCGAUAUUAUAUACAAUGUCGUGGAAUUAAAACAUGCUAACGAUCCAACGCAUCAUGUUCCGCUGCAUAAAAACGCUCUCGAGGCGAUUAAAUGGACGAGGUUUCAUCGAAAUGUCUUCACUCGUACCUCCGUAAGGGCAUCCCGAGUACAAAACCAUUAUCCCACGUUUCUUCGAGCGGGGUUGAUUUGUGCUCCAUUCAUAAUUAAACGAGUGUUCUUCGAUGCGAGGCCGCCGCCGCCGCCGCCGCGACUAUCUAAGCUAUCGACACUGAUCGAUGCUCGUUUUCUUACGAUUAACUAUCAGACGCGAUCAAAGAAGCUCGUUGUAAAGUGUGUUUGAUAGUAUUUCGAAUAUCUAAAUCAAGGAACAUCAAGAAAAUGCCAAUCCAAAUGCCCGAGAUGAUUCUUUUGGGAAAUGAAGAACGCUUCUCGACUCGUCGCACGCAGAUCGAUGAAUAAUCGUUGAAACAUUCAUCGUGAAAAGUCGUUGUUUUUUUGGCAAGGAAAAAAAUGUUAUCGGACCAAUCGACACUCCGAACACUGUCCAUCGAAAGUCUUCCGGUCUUCGCGAACGUACCUUAAAACACGAAGGGGUCAACAUGGAUGAUAAGCUGCAAGUAGACGAUGACAGCCAGCAAAACCACACUCAGAGGCCUAGCAGUUGGGGCACUUUUCUUCAUCCAGACGACAAUAGCCCGGUCGAGCAUCAAUUCAACGACGAAAAAUCGAGCGGCUCCGGAAACACCUCUCGCGCGUCCUCGGCCAAAUCAACCAAGACCGGUAAUGUCCCGAGGUCUCCGGGAUUGAUCUCCUCCGUUUAUCCGAAUAGGGACAUUAUUUAUGAACCCGACAAAAAUGGCUCGCUAACCGGUGAAACGCCGGCGAGCGUCAAGAGGAAAUUGUCGAGAGCCAGCGUGUACCCAUCUGGAACGAAUCUGAUCGCGCAGGAUGCCUUCGGUCCCAAACUCACGGCGCCCGCCACUCCGGAAAUCAAUCCCUCGCUACCGGAUACGCCAGUAUCGUUGGAUUUUGCCGCUGGGGAUUCAUUGCCAUCGAAAGAAACGGGAAUCGAUCCCGAGGUACUUUAUUUUCGCGACGGCCAUCGAAGAAUCGAUAUGGUAUUAGUCUACCAGGAAGAAAACGAAGGAGUUAUGACCGAAUUAGAAGCUCGUCGGCGAGAGCAGAGACGAGUGUUUCAACAAAAUCUUUUGAAAGAAGGUCUGCAACUGGAGCUCGAACCGAAGGAGAGUUCGUUUGAUAGAAAAACGUACUUUUUAAAAUUACAUAUACCUUGGAAAAUCAAAGUGCAAUAUGCUGAAGUAAUGAGUUUAAAACUACCCACAAAGAGAUUCAAAACGAUCCCUAUGAAAACUUGGGAUACAGACGGUGCCAAAGAGAUAUCGAAAUUCUGGGCGCGAUGGACGCGAUGGGCCAAAUGGAUACAUAAGAUACAUACUUGGGAUACAUCGAAGUAUCCUGAGGAACCGCAUUUUUAUGACUACAUAGAUUCCGGCGAUCGUGAAGAAAGGUUUAUCGUAAAGGAAAGGGAUAAUGCUUAUACGCCCGCCCAGAGAUCAUUAAUAGUAAUGCAAAUAUUAUUGCGAGCGAGAUUUGACGAGAACCACGAGAAGGCCGGUAUUCGCAGGCUCUUAGCGGACGGAACGUAUCUCGAUUGUUUUCCUCUGCACGAGGGUCCUUAUGAUAAACCCAUGCGUAACGGAGAGAUUCUCGAUAGAUAUCUGUUGUACUUACUAUGGGCGAGACCCGCGCAAUGGUUUAAAAAACAGCCGUUAUGGUUAAUAAGACGAUAUUUUGGCGAGAAAGUCGCUCUUUACUUCGCGUGGCUGGGAUUUUACACGAAAUGCUUAUAUGCACCAGCAGUGGUGGGACUUUUAUGCUUCAUUUACGGUCUUGGAAGCAUGGAUGGUGAAGACAACAUUCCCAGCAAGGAAAUAUGCGAUUCUAACUUAGCUGGAAAUAUCACUCUGUGCCCUCUUUGCGAUAAAGCGUGUACCUAUCAAAAACUCGGUGAUUCCUGUAUAUUUUCGAAAUUGACUUACUUAUUUGACAAUCCCGCGACUGUCUUCUUUGCUAUGUUUAUGUCUUUCUGGGCUACCACGUUUCUCGAGCUGUGGAAACGGCGUCAAGCCGUGAUCGUUUGGGAAUGGGACCUACAAAAUGCCGAAUACGACGAAGAGCCCAGACCUGAAUUCGAAUCGUCCGUUAAAACGUUCCGAAUAAAUCCCGUGACGAAGGAAAAAGAACCGUAUUUGCCCGCGUGGUCUAAGGCCAUCCGAUGUUUGGCUACUGGCUCCAUGGUAUUUUUUAUGAUAUGCGUAGUCCUCGGUGCAGUUUUAGGAACGAUCGUAUACCGCAUUUCGUUGGUUGCCGUUUUUUACGGCGGGGGUGGUAGUUUUUUGAAAAGACAUGCGAAGAUAUUCACUUCUAUGACCGCCGCCCUCAUUAACUUGGUGAUAAUAAUGAUACUUACGCGAAUAUAUCAUAAGUUAGCUCGUUGGAUGGUCAAUUUGGAAAAUCCGAGAACGCAGACGGAAUACGAAGCCAGCUAUACAUUUAAGAUUUUUUUAUUCGAGUUUGUCAACUUUUACUCCUCUUUGAUUUACAUCGCCUUUUUCAAGGGGAGAUUUUUCGUCCAUCCUGGCGAUGCGGAUGCGAGAGCCUCGGAAUUCUAUCGCAUUAAAACAGACGUAUGCGAUCCCGCUGGUUGCCUUUCGGAAGUCUGUAUUCAACUUGCGAUUAUAAUGGUCGGUAAACAAUGCUUUAAUAACUUUGUCGAAAUCUUAUCACCGAAAUUGUGGAAUUGGUGGCGCAAGAGAACGCAAGUCGCAGCGACGGUCAAGAAUCAUGAUAGAAGAUAUGCUCCUUGUUGGGAGAAAGAUUAUCAGCUUCAAGAUCCGGGGAGACUAGCUUUGUUCGACGAGUAUUUAGAGAUGAUUCUGCAGUAUGGAUUUGUAACGUUAUUCGUGGCAGCGUUCCCGUUAGCACCUUUAUUCGCUUUAUUGAAUAAUAUCGCCGAGAUAAGAUUGGACGCGUACAAAAUGGUCAAGGAGGCUCGAAGACCGUUAGCCGAGCGAGUAGAGGAUAUUGGUGCUUGGUUCGGUAUUCUUAGGGGUGUAACUUACGUAGCGGUGGUAUCAAAUGCCUUUGUUAUCGCGUACACGUCCGAUUUUAUCCCACGAAGCGUGUACACGUUCGUUUAUUCGCCCACCGAAGAUUUGGUGGGUUACAUCGAUAGUUCUCUAUCAGAGUUCAAUACGUCGGAUUAUCGCGACGAUAUGAAGAGCGACGUGGAAGCCGAACAUCCGGAGACGUGUCAGUACAGAGGCUACAGAAACGGUCCGGACCACAUCAUCGAUCCUUAUGGGCUCAGUCCGCAGUACUGGCACGUUUUCGCCGCACGUUUAGCUUUCGUCGUUGUCUUCGAGCACGUUGUUUUCGCACUUACCGGUAUUAUGAGCUACAUAAUACCGGCGGGACCGCAUUCGCUGACAACUCAACUGCAACGUGAACGAUUGAUCGCUCAGGAAGAAAAGUACGAAAAGGAAAUAAGGGGAAAAGAAGAUGAAGAUGAUUUACUUUCGGUUUUGAGAGAGGCCGGAAGCAUCGGUAGAGGAAGCUGGGCCAGACGAUUCAGCAAAUUAAGCGACGUACUAGAUACUACUCACGCUGACAUUAGGCAUAGCAAACGCAGCGAUAGUUCCACAGUAUGGGAAGUCCCGUAAAAUCGAGGGUUAUACUCUCUCGUAUACAUUUCACUCAUAAAAUUCGGGAUUACGUGAGAAUAAUGAGAAAAAAAAA